CUGACGAACAUGUUCUCCUGUUGUGUGCCCGUGUCCCGCAGCUGCCGGCUCAGGGGAGCCCGUGGCCGCGACCCUUCCCGAUCCUGGAGACAGUGGGUCAGGUCGUGCACAGGACGCCUCAGGUCUCUAGCUCGCAGGGACCCAAAGAAAUCAACCGAUGAAAUCGGGAAACGAUUGGCGGAAUCUGGAUUCGCCCGCCCUACAGAGUUGUGUGUGUGCCCCGUCGCCCAGGAGGGCCACCCUGGACCCGUGGAGAGAGUGGCUGCACUGAGGUUUUGGGAAGCAGAGCCUGGAGUUGGCCUGGGAAGGCCUCCUCCAGCGCCCCGGCCCCGCCGUAAGGUCUUCGUUCACCGAUCCUGGGACCAGUACUUGGAGUCCCCGGAGUCAGAGCCCGAGGAGUCCGGUGCAGGAGCAAAAGCCGGGUCGGCUCCAGAGCCCGGCCCAAAGGCAUCAGGGGCCUCAGCGUAUCUGCAGGCAGGCGAGGUAUCUGGAGCGACUCCUGCAGGGGCCCGGGAGCCAGCAGGUGACCUGGGACCUGUGCGGGGACAGCGGGCACCUGAGCAGAGUCAGCUGGGUCCUGCUUCUGCUGGCUCCACUGUUCCCGCUGCUGCUCCCAACACUGCUCCUGCCAUCGCCCUUCUCCCCGCCCCUGCCACUGCCCUUGAUCCCACAUGGAUGUCGCCCAAAAAUCAAGGGGUUGAAGACCUAUACAGGGUGCUUUUUUUAUCUUAUUUCAUUUUUUGUUUAUUAUAUUUUAUUUCAAAUGCAUUCUCCAAUCCCUGACCCCGAUACCCCACCAAAAUGUCUCUUCCUCUUCUCCCUUAUCCUUUUUCUCUUCUAUUUUUUAGCUGUUAUGUUAUUUGUUCAUUAGUUAUAAUCUAUAUUAAUCUUCAAUAAAAUGUGUUAUUUAUU